AUGCCCGCCACAAGGACUGUGCCCAGAAAGUUGUUGCGCGGUCCCCGCAGAGUGAAGCCGGUCACGUCAAGCAGCACAGAUGACACAGCCACAGCCAAUCGGAACGGAACCUCCCCAUCCCUGGGAGGGUCCGAAAGCCCGAGGGCAAACAGGGCUGCUAGUGAUGUCAAUAAGAAUGUUAAAAGUCACUCCUCCGAUGCCACACUCGAGGUGCUAGAUAAGAGGAACGCUGUCGAGAGUAUGGAUGCCAAGGAACACGCAAUACAGAAUGGUGGAGUGUCGGAGGCCAAGACCCGAGACCGGGGUGAUGCCUCAGAGUUAGUCGACAGUACGGGAGGUAUUGAUAAAAAGCCAAUGGGUAAUGACAUUACUAAUCCAGACCUGAAAAGUGCGGGUAUAAAACGGGUCCGCGAUACGAACGGGGACAGCAGCGCGCCGAAGGCCAAAGGAUUGUCCUUGCGCGAGAAACUGAAGGCGCUGAAACGCAGGCGGACGGAAGAGGAGAGUGGAUCUGUAGUCCGAUCUGGGAGCACCAAUCUGGGUACAAAAGAGGACAGGACAGACAAUGGCAAAACGGGGCCUAGCGAGACAGCGGAGGGGGCGGCAAAGUUCGGUACGUCCGAGAGGGCGACGAGUUCUAAAAAUAGAGACAGCGCCAUUGCGAGCGUAGAAGGCGCGGUCGAACCGCAUCCGAGGAGUUCGAAAGUACAGGAGCAGAUUCAGGGGUCACGCGCAGACGCAGGGGCUGUGGCGGACUCAGCGGACAGUGCCAGUACAGUUGCUGCCAACAGAGGGAGGGGAUUGCAACAAGGAGCAGCUACCACGACACGUACGCUCACAUGUGGCUCUGAAGCGAAGCCCACCACGCAAGCAGUCACGUGCAGUGUGGAGGGUGACGAGGCCUGCGAUGGCAACUCAGCCACACAGGCGGGUGUGACUACGGUGAAGAGGGUAGCUGGACAAUCCGAAGACAAUCCUCAGCGUGUUAAGGGUAUUGCUCCUGGGGGUGUCGUUGAUCGACCGGAGGGCGCAGUACACCUGAAUACAAAUACGGACAAACACUCACACGCACACACGCACGCGACCACAAGGAUGGAGAGGAGAGGCAGCACUUCAAGUGCUGGUAAAGGUACGAAACACAGCAAGGGACCGCGGCGGAAAGACAGAGAGUGGGACACGAGCGACGACGACAAGGGGGCGUGCAAGGGAGCUGGGCGCAAGAGCGGUGCGGAGAAUGUACCGGAUGUGUCACUGCGUCGAGGGACGCUGACUCAGACACGCGCGAAGACACAGGACAAUGCACAUGACAAGGCCCGCGCGCGGAAGGACAAAAGGUCUCGGAGUGGGUCUGGAAAGGGGCGGGAAAGACACCUGAGCUCGGAUAGAGAGAGGGACAGGGACGCACGGGCGAGCAGUGGCAGUCGGGGAGAUGGCACCAGCCCGUCGGCUAUAGAUAGAAGUACCAAUACAAACACCGCAAGCAGUGACCGCGCGAAAGAGCGCCGGAAAGAGCGCCAAAGGGAACGCGACGAGGAGCGCGAGAUGGACAUGCCCAUACCCAAGAAGAAGAAUGUCAUGAUAGUGGCGCCAAAUGUGGUAACCAAUGGGAAUAGGGCUGAACUCUCAGUCAAUCUGCACAAUGUCAAGACUUUCCGCAUGUGCUCGCCCGCACCACCACCCACGAGCGUGCAGCGACAGGCAAACACCAUCACGCAUACAUACACGUACACGAACGUACAGACACAGACACAGAUGCAACCACAACCACCACCACACGCAUACACGCUGACUAAUCUACGUGCGAAUGGGAACGCUGCUCAGCCUGGGGCGCAGACCGGACCACAGGGGUAUGGACACGCAUAUGCACAUCAUUAUAUACACACACCACAAAACCAUACCCUGACACAUACGAUACCACCCCCCGGGUUCACUGUGACGAACGCUUCGCACCAGACGCUGACAGAGACCAGUGUGUGUGGUGAAGCGAUGGGUGUGGGCUUAAACAAGCGUGUGUUGCCAAAUGGCUCGGCAGCAAGUGUCCCACACCCCCAAGCGAACGGCCAUCCGCACUCGGCAAGCGCAGGUGUGAUGAAAAAUCCGACAGAAAUCCGACCCGCGUUCUCGGAUUCGGAUUCGGAUGUGGAGAUGCGCGAUGACGAUGCGCACAUAGAGGCCGACUAUGUGUCUGACAGCGGGCAUACUGAAACUGUGGCGAGGGAUGUGAACAGGGAUACGGAUCUGGAGCCAAAGGAUAUGGACCUUGAAGACGCAGUAGACCCCUCAGAGGGCACAGGAGCUGAUGUGAAUACCUGUUUGGGCGAAGCCCUGGAUGGCGCUGAGCAGCGCGAGCACCGACCGGGGGAUAGGCUGGGCGAUACUAAUGGUAUGAGAGAGUCAACUGCAAUGGCCAAAGGGGACGGACAAGUGCAUGCGCAAGACGGAGGGUUACAGUCAAUGAGUGGGGGUGUGCGUGUCAAGAGCGAGGCAGACGCGGACAAGUUGUCACAGUCGGUUCUGUCCAAUGGAGUGUGGGUGCGGGCUGAGGCUGAAGGGAUUGCGGAUCAUCCGACGCAGACAAACACACCUGCGCCUUUGAGAGAGCGGGGGACGGCAGGUGCGGGGAAGGCAGAAGGUGACACUGAGCGAGCCGCGAAAGAGUCGGAUUCGUCGCAUUGGCGUACGCCGGACAUUAAGGUGGAAUCUACCUCACAAGCCCUACCGUCGAUGCUCAAGGAAAUGGGAGAGAGUACUGUGCAGGAAGGACAAAAGCCACUUCAAUCGGACCAGAAUACGAUAAACGAGGAUAGGGAACCGGAAUUUUUGGAAACGAAGGACGCGCCCAGAGGCUCGAUGGAAUGUCCGUACAUGCCUGCUGAUAUACUCGGUUGGAAGAAGCUAAGGCACGGCGUCUACCUGGAGAUCGACAGCCAGGGCGGGGGCUAUGUGCUGCACGUGUUCAUGUCGCAGGCUCUGCGCCAGGCGGACGUGGCCACGCAGCAGUUAUUUGUCGAAGACAUUGUGCAUGAAUCGCUGAAUGAAGAUGCCGACGGCUACGCGUUCCUGUGCAUGACCAUAGUCCACGGCGCCGGAAGUUCGGUACCGAAUGUGCUAAACGCCCUGUCUGCCACCAAUCCGCGACUGAAGGUGAUUGUGGAGACCUUCGGUAAGGCAGGCUACGCACACGAGGAUGUCAAGGACUAUGUAGAGCGUAUUGAUAAGACGUACGACUCGGGUGUGCAUCAGGCAGGGGCCAUGCGCAACAUCAGCCUAGUCGGCACCAUACAGGAAGAGACUGGGGGCUACUUUCCAGAUGUUAUUGACAUGCUGAAAGCCAAUCCGUUCCUGAGGCCCACGCUGCCCUGGGGUAAGCUGUCGUCACUUCAUCACAUGACACCCACCGAAAGUGAUGAUGGGCCUAUACUGUGGACGCGGAACGGCGAACAGUACUAUGGAGUGGGCGAUACCCUGGCCAAGACAUACACAAACACAAAUGCACAUACAAACACGAACACAAACAUGCACGCACACGUGAACGAACAGGCCAAGCAUGCGGCGUCGUGUCCCCGGGCACAGCCCCAGGCAAAUGCCGCGGCAUCUGGCAGUGCACGUGUGCGGUUUCCGUCACAGUCUCAGUCGCGGUCGCAGACGCCAAAUAGUUCGCCCGCGGAAUAUGCAGCAGCGCGCGAACACUCGGGCUCAGUCAGUCCUGCGAAGGGUGCAGGUGCACAUGCGCACACCCACACACAUACGCACAGUCACACCACGCCAAACAUGAAGCUUCAUGUGGCCAAAAGCGCAGGCGCGGAUAAACGCGUGGAUACAAACGCCCACAUCGAUUCGGGCGGACACUCCCCACAGCAGACAUCACCUGCAGGCGGGUGCAAGAAGGAGCGGUGGACCACGCCCACCGCGGCGCAUACUAAGAAAGGGCAGCGGACUCCACACACGCACACACACAUGCCGACGGAGACGAAUGGGGAGACGAGCACAGACACACACGUGCACUCGGGCACGCGGACCGGCGGACGCGCGCGCAACGCCAAGGGGACGUUGGGGUACAAGCCAGGAAGGACUAAGAGUGCCAGAGAACGACUGUACACAGACAGGACUACAGUACACGCCGACUUCUCCGGUCGGUUCCCGUACAGACUGCCUGUGGCGGCUGUGGGGCUGGUGCAGGGCAUAGAGCCGCACACACGUGGCGGGCAGGCACGGGGGCAGCAGCAGCCUUGCACGUGCCAUUUGUACCGUGGACACGCGGGUGAGUAUAGGGGUGGCGGAGGCGGCAGUGUGGUUGCCGAAGACGGGACGCAUGGCGUUGCUUUGGGUACAGACGCACACACAGACGGGACAAACGGGACGAACGGCCUCGGUAAACACAAGACACACCAAGCACUGGACGACACAAAUACUGACGCAGAUACGGGGGGGGGAUUAAAGGUUAAGGAAAGGAGCACGGAGGGGAGUACCGAACUUUUCGCGAGGUUGGCUGCCGAGGAUGGGUUUGCACAGGAACAACCCGUCGUGUGCAAGGAGGUGGUGGCAUUCAGCGCCUGCCACAUGGCGACGCUCGAGAGAGUGUGCCGCAUCGACUACAACGAAGAGCCUAUGGAUCAGAGCAUCGACCGAUCAUAUUGGGUGGAUCAAGCUCGUCUGCGGCAACUGGCGCGAAUGGGCAUCACUUAUGCCACGGCGAAGCUUCGGUCCGGCGACAUAUACUUCAUUCCGAGAAAAAUAGUACAUCAAUUCCACACUGUGGCGGGGUGCAGCAGCGUGGCGUGGCACUUCAGAUAUGAAAAAUACAACGAGUUCAAGGAGAUCCCGAAAGAAACUUGACAACUGCCAACGCACUGAGUGAGUCGUCAACAUAUAUCAAUAAUAUUAGCAUACAUAUCAUACAUACAUACACUGUGGUGUUGUAUAUGACACAUAUCAGCGAAGGAGACGCCGGAGGAAACCUCCAGAAACGCAGACUGUUGUCUCGAAGCCUGUCGCCUUCACAGGUAUAUAAAGGAAUCUAUAUCAUAACAACCGCGAACAAUCAUAUAGAACUAUACAAACAUGCUCUGGACGCACACAUCUCGUAUGAUUUGCAAUCGACCAGCAUGCCAUAAACAUCCAUGCCGACACGCAAUAACGUGCCCUCCACAAUUAAGAGAGAGGAUAUGCAGAUGGAGGUCAUACAUAGGACGAUCGAUUCCACAACACCCGAGGGAUGCGACUGCCUGGGUCGUGUUUUUUUAGACACAAGACGUCUUUGCUAGUGUGGGAUGUUUGUCGAUACUCCCUCUGAUUUGGCCACGAGGACUCCCGCACAGCCAUUUAGGAUAAAAUCUUCACUGUAUGCAACGGUCAUCGUAUGUCCACUGAUGUG